AUGAGGCCUCCCCUUACUGGCGGACGUGGUGGCGGUGGAUUCAGAGGUGGAAGAGAUGGUGGCGGUGGAUUCAGAGGUGGACGAGAUGGAGGCGGCGGAGGAUUUAGGGGUGGAAGAGGUUUCGGUGGAGGGCGUGGAGGAAGUGCGAUGAGAGGACGCGGCGGAGGACGUGGUGACCGAGGUCGUGGUGGUGGACGCGGCGGAAGAGGAGGAGGACGUGGAGGAAUGAAGGGAGGAAGCAAAGUGAUUGUGGAGCCACACAGACACGCCGGAGUGUUCAUUGCCAAGGGUAAAGAAGACGCUCUUGUCACUAAGAACUUGGUUCCUGGUGAAGCCGUUUACAACGAGAAGAGAAUCUCUGUUCAGAACGAAGAUGGAACUAAGAUUGAAUACAGAGUUUGGAACCCCUUUAGAUCCAAGCUAGCUGCUGCUAUUCUCGGUGGUGUUGAUAACAUUUGGAUCAAACCCGGUGCCAAAGUUCUUUACCUUGGAGCUGCUUCUGGAACAACUGUUUCUCAUGUCUCUGAUCUUGUUGGACCUGACGGAUGUGUUUAUGCCGUUGAGUUUUCUCAUAGAAGUGGUAGAGAUUUGGUGAACAUGGCGAAGAAGAGGACUAAUGUUAUACCAAUCAUUGAAGAUGCUAGACACCCUGCAAAGUACAGAAUGCUUGUGAGCAUGGUUGAUGUUAUAUUCUCUGAUGUUGCUCAACCUGAUCAGGCAAGAAUCGUAGCUCUGAAUGCCUCGUUUUUCCUCAAAACUGGAGGACACUUUGUUAUCUCAAUCAAGGCGAACUGUAUAGACUCUACGGUUCCAGCAGAAGCAGUGUUCCAGAGCGAGGUGAAGAAGCUGCAGCAGGAGCAGUUUAGGCCAGCAGAACAAGUGACUCUUGAGCCGUUUGAGCGUGACCAUGCCUGUGUUGUUGGCAGCUACCGUGCGCCCAAGAAACAAAAGGCUGCUGCUACAUAG